UUCAUUUUGGCUCUUCAUGUCAGCAUGCUAAAAGAACUUAGCUUUCAUUCCCUUUUAAAACACAUAUCAAGUUCCAUUCAGUUCACUGAUUUAAUUGGUUAGAAUUAAAAAAAAAUAUAAUUUUUAACCAAUUUAAUGCACCCAGGGUUGUCCAAGCCUUUCAUUCCGAUGAAAAAUGCACACACUUGUAUCCACCAAAAACAUAUGCAAAAUCUGUAAAAAAAUCCUCUUAUUGGGUGAAGUUUAUUGAUAAUUACGCUUUUAGAUCUCUUCAGAAUUUGUAUUUGCAAAUGAGUAGAAUUUACGACAACUGGGAGAGGUUGAUUGGAGCCAAGUUAAAGCGAGAGGAGCUUCGGGAACUUGCCUAUGCCCCCAGCCUCAGCUCUAUUUCUUCAGAUUUCAGUUCCAGGUUCAGUUUCAGUUCCCCUAUAGACGAUCAUAUUCCAGUAAACCCUGAAGCUUCCUCCAGCCCAAGCUCUCCGUUUUAUAGUGGAGAAAGUAGUGAUGACAGCCUCCCUAAACCAAGAUCUGAUGAUGGGAAGCCUAAUGCUAUGCCCAUUCUAUUCAAAGAAUUAAAAAAUGCGACCAGAAACUUUCGACCUGACAGCAUUUUAGGGGAAGGAAGUUUUGGUCCUAUUUUUAAGGGACGGAUUAACUAGCGCACUCUUAAUGCUGCAAAGCUGGGAUCUGGAAUGGCCGUUGCUAUCAAGAAUUGGAAUGGAAAUGGUAUUCAAGGGUCCAAGCAAUGGUUGGUAGGUUCUUUUAUGCAGUCUUUGCGAGUCUUAUGACAUGGUUAUGCAAAACUUUUAGUUACCCCUCAAUGUUUUGCAGAGGGAAGUGAAUUAUCUGAGCCAUUUUCUUCAUCCAAACGUGAUUGAACUUAUUGCUUACUGCACUGAGGGUGACAACCUGCUCCGAAGUAGGUUUCACUGAAAUGGCUUAUUAUUCGAUGCCAUGGUUGCUUUAUAUUUCUGUCUAUUUAUGAACAACCCUUAAAUAUUGUUCUCCAUUGUCAUAUUUGUUAUUUAAUCAUUCAUGAAACAUUACCUUACUGCACCGUCUCUCUGUCAUUUUUGUACGUGUUUCAUACUUGAUUAUGUAUAGGAUAUCCAUGACUAACUUUUGGAUAUAAUUUAAAUGCUACAUGCAUGUUUCCUUUGUUCCAAUGAGGAUCUCAAUCAUUUCCAUAUUUUUAUUACUUUGCUCCUUGACCCGAAUAGAAGGCCUCCUGAUAUAGUUAUGGAAUUCUUGGCUGAUAAAUUUUGGGUCAUAGCUUCUAAAACAAACUUUGAGGAUCACAACUUUAAAUGUCCAGGGACAAUGGAUUUGCUGCUCCGUUCAUUGUAAGUUUUUCCGGAACCUAAGUUGUUUUUGCUUUUCAUGAUGCUUUGUGUAAAAUUUAACUCCACAACAUUAACGAUGUGUUAUUGAAUCCACGAGGUUAUAUCAUGUAGGAUCUUGCACUAAUUCUCCAGAAUUUUGAAGCCACAUUAGAGCAUAAAUCUAAAGACAAUGGGUGAUAUUUGGUAUUGAUUUUCUUUCACUGGACGGUAUCAGUGUCUUUCUUGGUCUACUUGUCACACCCCUCAUUUUUUUAGUCAAAGUCAAGGAAAAUAUUUUGUCAAAGUCAAAGUCAUUAAGGACUUAAGUUGAACAAAUAACUUUUAUGGGACUUAAAUUGAAAUUUCGAGUAAUUGAAGGUUAGGAAUGAUAUAAUAAAGGAAUCCAAGGAUUUAGUUUCUAUUAUGGGAAAAGAAAUGACUAAAUGUAAUAUUGUUUGAAGAUGGUGGACUUGCCUUGCAAUUAUUUAAUAUUUAUCCAUUUAAUAGCAUUUAUUUUAUGUAUUUUCUCAUAUAUUUUUGGGGAAAGAGAGA